AUGUGUACUGGGUGUGGCUUCAAGAAAUUUACUGUAUUCAGCACAACCAAUUGUAAUGCACGUCAGUCCACCUCAGCCAAUGUCUUCAGCGACUGUAAUCAGCAGACAGUAGACACGCUUGUGGGCGGUGAAGUGCUGAGCUGUUAUGAGUGCGUCCCUCAAUCGGGACAGAACUGCCGCGAUAAGGAUCGUAAGUGCUCAUCAAAGAAGUACUGCACGAAACAGACAGUGCAGCUCGGAGGCGGUUUCCAAGUGGUCAAAUCCUGCUCAAACAUCAAUAUCAUUGGCCAGGAUAACAGCUGCGUCACGUAUGACGUUGUAACCAAUCCUGGAGGGGUUGCUGUUCGCAGCAAAUACACCCAAUGCUAUUGUCGUAACAAGCAGUUCUGCAACUCGGCACCAACGUUACUGUCCGCCCUUGCUACCUUCGCUGUUGCUUCAUUGCUCUUAAGAUCUUGA